ACUCGAACUUUUCAGCGAUGCCUUAACAAAGGAAUAUAUUUACAUAUCCAGCUGAAUUAUUUCUUUUUUAAGUAUAAAUAUUGUCAAUGGCAGACGAUUUGCAAAACUAUAAAUUGCAGCUGCAGCAGGUAGAAGCGGCGCUGCAAACAGAUCCGAAUAAUGAAGAACUUUUGAAACUGAAAAGCGAUCUAGAGGAGGUCAUUACAUUAACACGUGAUUUGAUCAAAACACAUUUAGAAGAGCAGCAAAAGUCCUCCUAUGUAGAGCCUUCAUCAUCUAAAACAGCGACCUCAAACUAUUUCGAUGAAAUUGAAGCUGCUCUUUUGGAGGCUGAAAAAUUAGUCUCCGCUGCUAAAGUAUGGAAGAUUGGUGACAAAUGCCAAGCUAAAUGGAAGGAAGAUCGACAAUACUACGAUGCAACUAUAGAAGGUAUAACUAAAGAAGGCGAAGCAAGUGUGAUAUUUGAUGCCUAUCAGAAUCGUUCCACAACUACUGUGAACGAAUUGCGUGAACGUACUACCCGUAACGAAGUAUUCCCAUCAAACAAACGUCACAGGCCAAAUCAAAAAGAAUAUUUAAAAAAACGAAAACAAAAGAAACAACAGCGCUUUAAAGACUUGGAAGAAGAGCGUGAGUCUGAUAAAAAUAAAUGGAUUCACUUCACCACUAAAAAUCAAAAAAAGCCAGGAAUGAAAGUUAAGAGCAUAUUUGCAUCACCUGAUAAUGUAAGUGGUAGAGUUGGAAUAGGUACAUGUGGAACGGCAGGAAAAGGAAUGACUGAUUUUACUGUUGGAGAAAAAUACCGUAAGGGUCUUUGAGUAGUACAAAAUUUGAGAUAAAUUAGAGUAAAUACCGUAUAUUGAUUAUAAUACAUUUUCAUUUCGGUGUCAUACGAAACUACUCAAUAUAUGUUUUAAGACCAUCUUUCUUGCGUUUAUAAUUUGACAAAUAUUGUUUUGCUUUCCAAUAUUAUUAGUAUAAGCUGUUUAAAUUAAGUUAUAAAUUUAAACCAUAGUAGCACAUGCAAGCGAAAUCAUUUUAAAUUAAAAUUGGAUGCAUUUUAUUCGCGAAUUUAAUUUUAAAUAAAAAGUCUACAACUUUAACACCCGGCGACAAAAAAGCCGGCAUUUUUAGGAAAUAGCACAUAUAAUAAGUUCGGCCGAACUAUCACAAUCGCUCUCUUUCUCUUCUUCUUCAUCUUCCUUCUGUUAUACAUAGAUCGCUUCGUUAUUCUUA